AGCGCUGCAUGGAGCGGCCCGAAGAGAAAGAAACCAGUUUCACCAACCCCCCAGACUCCGUUGGCAAGACAACGUUCUCGCUUUGGAUACUGGCUGUAUGUCUUACGAUGAUGUGUCUUGGCGCGCUUGCUAUGAUGCGGCACGCCUCCGUGGCACUGGACGCAGCCGCGGAGCAGCAGAGAUACCUGGCGAAGAACUUGCCAGUUAUCUUAACAAAGCCGUCGCAGGGCUUGGCUUUAAUAGCCGGGGCGAAUAUCGACGAGUUCUCAAAGGCAAUUGAUCAGCGGAUCAAAGGGCGCUCGUCGGGCUAA